AUCUUGAAAACCAUUCAGUUGUAUUCUAGAGCUCUACAAGUGAGGUUGAUUGUUGCACUAGGAAAAAGUGCGAGUGGCAAAUAAAUUCAUUUUAGUUGAAAAAGAAGCUCAUAUGAAGUUAAGAUAAGCAGUGAAUCCAAAGUCCCCUGGUAAGCAGGUCGUCGAGGAGCUUAUAAAAGCGCGCAGCAGUGUUUGUGCAUCAUUAGUUGUCUCUGAAGAUCUGACAAUGCUAUUGUGGAGUGAUAUUGUGUUCCUCCUGGGAGGCUUGGCUCUGCUCGUGUAUUACUUCUUUAAGCGGAAAUUUUCUUACUGGGCCAAACUUGGAGUUCCCCAUGCGAAUCCGAGCUUUCCAUAUGGCAACAUCGGCGAUGUGGGCAAAAAGCUCCACACAACGGAACUGUUUCAGCAGUUCUACAGGGAGUUCAAAGGAAAAACUCCCUUGAUGGGCUUCUACGCCACAGCGGCACCUCAAGUGCUUCUUCUGGACUUGGACUUGAUUCAGAGGAUUUUCAUUAAGGACUUCCAAUACUUCCACGAUCGAGCGCAAUACUACAAUCUCGAGGAUGAUCCGAUUUCGGCCCAUUUGUUCAAUAUUGACGGCGAACGGUGGAAAAUCCUGAGAGCUAAGAUAUCCCCAACUUUCACAAGUGGCAAGAUGAAAAUGAUGCUCCCGACGAUGAUUGACGUGGCUCAGAACUUCCACGAGACUCUCUUCCAACGCAUCCAGGAUGAAGCUGAGAUCGAAGUCAAGGAUUAUCUCUCUCGCUUCACCACUGACGUCAUUGGGUCGUGUGCGUUUGGAAUCGAGUGCAACAGCCUCCAGGAUCCCAAGACGAAGUUUAGAGUGUUGGGGGAUAAGGCUUUCGCCACGCCUUGGUGGAAAGUCAUAAGAUUCAACUUCGCCUCGUCCUUCAUAUCGCUUGCACGGAAGCUCCACAUCAGAGUAACUGACAAGGAUGUGUCAGAGUUCUACACAGGAGUUGUGAACAGCACCGUGAAGUACAGGGAAGAAAACGGUGUUCAGCGAAAUGAUUUCCUGAAUCUGUUGAUGCAAUUGAGGGAUCGAGGAAGCUUGGAUGGUGAAGCUGUUAACGAGAGUGGCAAGCUGACGCUGGAUGAGAUUGUGGCGCAAUCCUUCGUGUUUUUCCUGGCUGGCUACGAAACCAGCUCAACAGCAAUGACUUUCGCUCUGUACGAAUUGGCUAAGCAUCCGGAGAUUCAAGAAAGAGCGCGUCAGAAUGUCAGAGACUCUCUGGCUAAAUAUGGAGGCAAAUUUACUUACGACGCGGCCAUGGAAAUGACAUAUUUGGAUCAAGUUAUCAAUGAAACAAUGAGAAAAUUUCCACCUCUGGGCAGCUUAACGCGUCGCAUCACUCAUGAUUAUCAAGUUCCCGGCACGAAAUACGUGCUGAAGAAGAAUCUACGCGUGAUUAUUCCCAUCCACUCAAUCCAGAACGAUCCGGACAUCUUCCCAGAUCCCGACAAAUUCGAUCCUGACCGCUUCUCUGUGGAGAAAUCAAGGAAUCGCCACAAUGCCGCCUUCAUGCCUUUCGGAGACGGUCCGAGGAACUGCAUUGGUCUGCGGUUCGGCAUGAUGCAAGUGAGGGUGGGUCUGGCCACAAUUCUGCGGCACUUCCACGUCUCCCGCUGCUCACGGACACCUGACCCUCCUGUCGUGCGGAAGGACAACUUUACAUUGUCGUCCGAAGGCGGAAUGUGGCUCACGCUCAGGAGAGUUUCCGAAUGCCAAAAUAUCUUCAAGAAUAGAUACUGCAAAGCUCAUUGCAGUACAUAUUCGCCUCGUCAGUCGGGUGGCGAGCGACAAGGCAGAUUUCAGUCACUCCUAAUCGCCCAAAGAUUUGGUUUGACACUCACACUUUCACGCUCGGUUGCUCCGCACACAAUGUUAUCAGCAAUUACGAUAUUGCUGUCAGUUAUCGCCCCCGUCGUGCUUCUGUGGUGGUACGUUACGCACUCAUUCAAGUACUGGCAGAGGAGAGGCAUUCGGACUGUUAAGCCGAAGUUUCCGCUGGGAAAUGGCCAGACGGGCAAAACAAAGGUGCACUUUUCCGUCCUCUUCGCCACAUUCUACAACCAAUUGAAGUCAAGCGAUGCGCCCUUUGGCGGAAUUUACCUCUUCACACGUCCCAUAGCGUUGGCUUUAAAGCUGGACUUCGUCAGGGAUGUGCUCAUCCGUGAUUUCCAGCACUUCUCAGACCGUGGCAUCUUCUACAAUGAGCAAGAUGAUCCUCUGAGUGCCAAUUUGUUUACACUCACGCGGGAAAAGUGGAGUGUUCUCAGGGCAAAGCUCACUCCCACUUUCACCACGGGGCGGAUGAAGGAAAUGGCAAUUCUCGUUGCUUCAGUGGCUCAGGAGUUGCAAUCCUGCCUCAGGACGACACUCGUCGAGAGCUCAACCGUGGAAAUUAAGGACUUGAUGACCAGAUUCACCACAGAUGUCAUCGGGAGCUGUGCCUUUGGCAUCCACUGCAACAGUCUCAGGGAUCCCGAGAGCACUUUCGGAGGGAUGGCUAAGAAGGUGGUUCAGCCUGCCAACUCACGAUUGCAACAGCUGUUCAUGACGGCCUUUCCAGCCGUGGCGCGAUUUCUUCACAUGCGAACCUUCGACAGGCAAGUCACAUCUUUCUUCCGAGCUGUCGUCGAGGAGACAAUGCGACAGAGGGACCUCGGAGACUCUGAACGUAGGAAUGAUUUCAUUGAUUUGCUCAUGAAGUUAAGGGACGACAAUGCAAGCUUAACAGCAGAUGAAAUUGCUGCACAGGCCCUGAUAUUCUUCUCUGCUGGCUUCGAGACAUCGUCCAGCACUCUGACCUUCUGCCUGUACGAAUUGGCAGUGAACGAGGCAAUUCAGCGGCGAGUUCGGGAAGAAAUUGAGGCAAUUUCCUCCAAAUAUGAUAAUCAAAUAACGUAUGAGUCUCUAUCGGAAAUGAAAUAUCUCGACAGGGUUAUAAAUGAGACACUGAGGAAGUAUCCGCCGCUCGCAUCACUCUUCCGGCGCGUCACACAGACCUACUCGAGCCCCGAGGGCGGGGAGCUGGCGAAGGAUAUGAAUCUGAUUAUUCCGAUUUAUGCAAUCCACCACGAUCCGGAUAUUUAUGAGCAGCCCGAAGUCUUCAAUCCAGACCGCUUUGAGCCGGAGGCGGUGAGUCGACGGCACCGCUGCGCCUUCUUGCCGUUCGGCGACGGGCCCAGGAACUGUAUUGGCUUGCGCUUUGGCCUGAUGCAAACCAAAAUCGGAUUAGCCGCGCUAUUGAGACGAUUCGUGUUCAGUCCGUCAGCAACAACGCCGAGGUCAAUCUCAUUCACACGGAAAUCUUUAACUCUCACACCCGACGGCGGGCUGUGGUUAAAUGUUGUGGAAUUAGUUUAAUGGAAUAGCAUUAAAGUCUUAUGGGGAGGAUUUCUCCGCAGAGCUCCAGCAGUGUCCCACAUAGAGGAGACUUUCUGCCAUGAUGCAGGGAGCAAAAGUGGGGGCGAGAAUGAUGUGGAGCAGAGCAAAAGAAAAAUCUACGAGAGAUGUUUUCUGCCGUAAUAUUGUAAAAGAAACUUGCUCGAAGACAUAAAAUAUCUCAUACUUGUCCCGGCAUUGCUACUUAUGACAGAGACUUCUAUAGUCAGACGCACUGUUGAAGAGCUCGUUGAACUUUUCCAAAUGGCACCUCGAAUCGAGCAAUAAAGUCAAACUGUACAGUUGUAAAUAUAUGUUUUUCUCCAGACUCCGGCAAUGCUUCACAAUCGUCUUGGCUCUACAGCAGUCACUGCUUAACCGCCCCAACUUUGCAUGUUUCCCAAAUCACAAAAUUCUCCAUAACUCCCCCAAGGGUGGAUAAAUAGUGACUGUGCGUUGUUCUUC